GCAACUCAAAAUCCCGAUGCCACCAUGAAGCCCCAGCCACAGACAGUGCGUACCCUUGACUUCUGGGGACCAACUUGAAGACUACAAAGUCCUUAAUGGACAAUUGAUUCAAUCAAUCUGCCAACUCAAUUGAAGCUGUCCACCAAGAUGCCCCCAAAAGCUUCAAAAACUGUCGCCGCCAAACAUGAAGAACCCCGUGGCUACGAGUUUGCGGGACCGCCAGGAGCAUUUGCAAUCUCCUUCGGGCUGCCAUUGGCAGUUUACAUCGCGACUUUCCUCUGCAACGACAUAUCUGGAUGCCCAGUACCAUCUGCGCUCUCCCCAUCAACCUUGACAAUUGAGCAGCUGAAGAAAGAUGUGGGAUGGCCCGCAAACGGAAUAUGGGGGUUGGCAAGUUGGGAUGUAUCUGCGAAGGUCGUCGGAUACUAUUUGCUCAGUAUGGUACUGCAGCGGGUUCUGCCAGGAGUAGAGGCCAUGGGCACUGAGCUUGCAUCCGGCGGCAGACUAGCAUACAAGUUCAAUACGUGGUCCUCUACAAUGUUCACACUCGCCAUCUGCGCAGCUGGAACCGUGGUCCAAGGCGCCGAUUUCCCCGUCUGGACUUUCAUUUACGACAACUACACACAAAUUGUUACAGCCAACAUAAUCAUUGCAUACUCUUUGGCAACUUUCGUCUACGUACGCAGCUUCAAUGUGAAGCCUGGCAACAAGGAACUUCGUGAAUUGGCAGCAGGUGGACACUCUGGAAAUAUGCUUUAUGACUGGUUUAUUGGACGAGAACUCAACCCCCGAGUCACAAUCCCCCUCCUUGGCCAGUUCGAUAUCAAGGAGUUCUGCGAGUUACGUCCCGGCUUGAUGGGCUGGAUGGUCCUGGAUUUUACAUUCUUAGCCAACCAAUACAAGACAUACGGGUUCGUCACAGAUAGCAUGUUGCUCAUCACUUCCUUCCAGACCCUUUAUGUUUUGGACAGUUACUGGAUGGAGUCUGCCAUCCUCACUACCAUGGAUAUUACUACCGACGGCUUCGGAUUCAUGCUGGCAUUUGGUGACCUGGUCUGGGUGCCAUUCACCUACUCUCUCCAAGCUCGGUACCUUUCAGUCUACCCAUUGUCUCUGGGCGUCUAUGGCACAACUGGGGUCCUUGGCGUUCUCGGCCUUGGAUAUUACAUCUUCCGCAGCUCGAACAACGAGAAGAACCGCUUCCGAACAGACCCCAACGAUUCCAGGGUCGCCCACCUGAAGUUCCUAGAGACGAAAUCCGGAUCCAAGCUUUUGAUUUCCGGUUGGUGGGGCACAGCUCGACACAUCAACUAUUUCGGUGACUGGAUCCAGGCUUGGGCAUACUGUCUUCCAACUGGAAUUGCAGGUUAUCUUGUUCAGCACAGCUCCGUGGCUCCAGCAACUGGCCAAUCUUUUGCAGAUAAAUCAUUCGUGUUUGGCGGACCACACCUUCACACUGAGGUCUUGCAAGGUUCGGCUAGGGGAUACGGAAUGAUCUUUACAUACUUUUAUGUUGUUUAUUUUGGCAUCCUGCUGAUUCAUCGCGAGAUGAGAGACGAGGAGAAGUGUUUGAGGAAGUAUGGCGAGGACUGGAAGCGAUACACAAAGAUCGUGAAGUACAGGAUCAUACCUGGUAUCUACUAGACGAGGGCUUGGGAUAUGUAUCAUAGUAGAGGUGGCAGUCCUUCCAGACAUGAAGAAUUAGUGUAACUUUACAAUAGCGUAGCAUAACAUGGCAUUUGAAUCGCAU